AUGCCGAAGAUUCUGAAGAUGCACUUCUGCAGACAACUUCCUAGUGAUCCGAGGUCGUAUCUGAUCAAAAAGUCCUCGGAUCCGACAUGGCUCGGAUCAACUAUAACAGAAGUUUAUCCGAGGUCUCGGAUACAACACGAACUUGUCGGAUCAGAGCUCGGAUCAGCUGUUUUAAUUUUUGGCUUUUCAAACGAUCCGAGAAUUUUCUCCAAGAACAAAGUCAGGUUUCAUCAACUGACUGGAAUGGAAACUGAAGAAAAAGUUGUAAUUGUUGUUGAUCCUGGAAGUGAGGUCAAAAUCAGUGUCAAUUCUUCCAAGCCCAUCCCCCCUGGGCAAGUAGAAUUACCAAGGUACACACACUACUCUGCAAGCGCAAUACAUUUAGCAUCCUUGAUCAACGAUAAGUUAUCCAUGCUAGCUUCAGAUCCUCUUAAUUAUGGUACAGUUUGUAUCUAUAGAGUUCCUGAGAAACAAAGGAGGAAAAAUGAAGAAGCCUAUACGCCUCGGUUAGUUUCGAUUGGUCCCCUUCACCACGGUGAUGUCCAGUUGAAAGCCAUGGAAGAAUACAAAUUAAAGUAUCUAAACAAUUUCCUGCACACCUUUAAAGUUCCAUUAGAACUUUUGGCAGAAUAUGUCCAUAGUCAGGAAAAGAAUGUAUGUGGGUGUUAUGAAGAUACCUACAUCCGAAAUCCCUUUAAAUUAUCCGAGGUGAUUUUGUUGGAUGGAAUUUUUAUUAUUGAGCUCUUCUUAAAAAGCUAUUUUCCUGAAAUGAGAGAGAUGGGUGACAUGAUAUUUGAAAAUCGGUGGGUAUCAAAUGAUACAAUGCACGAUUUGCUGCUUUUAGAAAACCAACUUCCUAUGAGGUUCAUUGCUACAAUGUACAAUGGUUUUGUUUCUCGAAAACUGAGCAAGUUUUUGGAUAAUGACUCUGAUGAGCCGCCAUCUUUCAAUAAACUAGCUUUUGAGUACUUAAAGAAUGUAGGGAACACCAGGAAACUAGAGCCAAGUACGACCCAUACAUCUUCCUGUGCAAGGCACCUGGUUGAGUUCCUAGCAAUGCUUCAUGGGCCAUCACGUACUAGAGCUGAACCAAAAGAAGGAAAGAAAAUGGAAUUUCCCCAAUGUGCGACUGCAACUAAGUUGCUUGCAGUGGGGGUUAAGUUCCGUCAUGGAACAGAAAAAUGCCUAUUUGACGUACGCUUUGGGAAAGGAGAGUUAGUAAUUCCACAGCUGACUGUAAAUGACUUCACAGAAACCUUUUUCCAGAACCUGAUAGCCUUUGAACAGUGUGGUUAUCAUUCCAAGGACAUAACAAGUUAUGCUGUUCUGAUGGAUAACUUGAUAGAUACCCCGAAAGAUGUUGAUCUACUCAUUAAACAUGAAAUCAUUGUGAAUCAACUCGAAAGCAGUGAACAGGUGGCAAAUGUUUUCAACAAUCUCUACAAAGAGAUGAUAACAGAUCCAAAGGAGUUUUAUUUUGCUAACCUCUGCAAUGAACUGAAUGAAUACAGCAGAGACUGGGUGCACAAGUUGGUGAGAAAGUUAACCGAGUGGAUUGCAAUGCUCCGCCGUGAUUAUUUUCGCAGUCCAUGGGCUAUCAUCUCUUUUAUUGCUGCCAGUAUACUGCUAGUUCUUACUGCUAUUCAGACAGCAUGCUCUAUACUUCAGGUCAAGUCUCCAUCUUAAGUUUCUUUAAAAAAAGUGAAGUUACUCAGCACUUGUUAAAGAGCAAUAAUGUUUUUCUUG